AUGCUUAUGUGGGAAAUUUCUUCUAGACAAUCACCCUUUGCUGAAUUUGAUGAUUAUGAACUUGCAAAGAAAAUAAUAAAUGAUUCAAUAAGGCUAACUAUAGUAUCAAAAACUCCAUUAGCUUAUAGGAAAUUAAUGGAACAAUAUAGUAAUAGAAAUUUAUUUACAAAAUAUUUUAAUUUUAAAAAAAGGUUAUCUAAAUCAGAUCUGUCAAAUAAAUAUAAUUAUUCAAAUAGAAAAUUAAGUUUAGAUACAAAUUCUACAAGUAGUAUCUUUUCUACAAGAAAAUUUGAAUCUUUUCUUACAAGUAAUGCAAUAGAAGAGGAACAAGAAGCAUUUCAUAGAAAACCUUAUAGUUUUGACAUUCCUGAUAAUA